AUGAGUGGAGUGAACUGUGACAAGGAGGUGAGCAUGGGGUUGAAAGGGAAAGUGUACAAGUCAGUGGUAAGGCCUGCUAUGAUAUACGGGGCAGAUACGUGGCCAAUCACAGUAGCCCAGGAAAGGAAGAUGGAAGUGGUGGAAAUGAAGAUGCUGAGGUGGAUGUGUGGGGUAACAAGGAAGGACAGGAUUACAAAUGAAUUUGUUAGAGGAGCUGUGAAGGUGGGACCCAUGGGGAAAAAGAUACAAGAGAGCAGACUAAGGAGGUACGGACACCUACAGAGAAAAGGAGAAGAGUAUAUCGGAAACAGAGCUGAAGAUAUAAAGACCGAAGAUGAGGUGGAAGGAUAA